AUGGCCUUUGUGCCAGGGAAUAGCAAGGAUGAACCUUGGUCUGGAGAUAGCCCAGAUUCUUCAUGGCUUUCAGAAAAUCCCCGGUUAGCCAAUCCUCUCUCAAAAAACAGAGAAGAGAUUGGCAGACUUGAAGGUCAUGAGGAUGCUCAGGUGAGUACUACUAUUCCCUCUGUCCUGGGGCUGGUUCAUCCUAGAAUUGGGCCCAACAUCCCUGCUGUACUUAUGCAGGUGUCUCAAAAGCCCCGCCUGCCCUCUAUUGUGGUAGAGGCCUCAGAGGGGGAUGAGGAGGACCAGGAGGACCACCAGUGGCCACAUGACGAGUUGCUGCUGCUCACUGAUGGUGAAGAAGAGGAAGCAGAAGCCUUCUUCCAGGAUCAAAGUGAAGAGCCAGGUUGGGCCUGGAUCCCACAGGACACAUCUCCUCUAAGGACUUUUAAUCCUGGACUUGGCUGGGGGCACGAACAGGAUGAGGAGGACGCCCCCUGGAUUCCUGAGGCCACAGAGGGUCAGGAAACUCUCAACCCCUGUCCUCUUUGGGACCCAACAGGGUCCUGCAUCUACAGAAUCGGAACUGUGGAAUAUUCCCAUUUCCCACCCCCCAGCACCUUUGGUGGAGCUGAAGAAGAAGUUAUUCAAGCGCCGGAGGGUGCUGAGCAGGGAUCGGCGACGAAAGCGCCAGGUGGUCGGGGCCGUGAUAGAUGCAGGGCUGACUACGAGGCACCACCUCAAGAAGCGGGCGUCCAGUGCACGUGCCAACAUCACACUAUCUGGGAAGAAGCGCAGGAAACUCCUGCAGCAGAUCCGCCUUGCCCAGAAAGAAAAAGCAGCCAUGGAAGUGGAAGCCCCCUCCAAGUCACCCAGGACUAGUGAGCCACAGCACAAACGACGACAGAAGAAGAUGAAAACGCCCCAGGAUGUAGAUAUGGAGGACCUUGGAGAUGAGAGUUAAAGUUCCUACCUCUCCUACCAGAAGAUUCUCAACAGCAGCCAGGAGCAUUUGGAGGACUUUGGAAAAAAUAUUACCAUAUUUUAUUCUCUCAGACACCUCUUCUAUAAUGGCCCUCUGACCUCCCCUGGAGGUGUAUAUGUGGAGGACACAGAGAAAGACUGGAGAGGGCUCUCUCUAGCAGUCAACUCCUUUUGUAAUAAAGCUCUAGCGCUUUAACUAAUAUGUGUGAUUAAGUGCAAGAAUGGGGAUGGACCAUAUAAAAAGGCCUUUGAGUGUGCGUAGGGACAUUUCAGAGGCAGGAUACAUUGUGUGCUUGAGCAAAGGCAAUAAGAAGCCAGGUGUAGUGAAGGGCAUGGUGGCACAUGCCUUUAAUCUCAGUACUUGGGAGGCAGAGUCAGGCAGAUCUCUCUUCAAGGCCUUCUUGGUCUACACAUUGAGUUCCAGGACAGCCAGGGCUUCAUAAUAUCUCAAAAAGAAACUAGGUAGCUUCUUCAGUGGCCCCAUCUUUCUAGACAGCAACACUCCCACCUUUGCAUUUCUGAAAAAUACAGGUUAUAAAAAUGGCAGGUGGGAGGUAAUGAUCUUGAUAUCAGUCCUGACACUCUGCUUGUGUGAUCUAGGAUUAUAUUAAGGACACACUUUCUUUUUUUUCUUUUUUUUUUUUUGGUGGUGGUGGUGAUGGAGGUGUUUCUGGGAUUCAAACCUAGGGCAUCAUGCAUUCUAGGCAACCAUUGUGCCAUCUACAUCCUGAGCACCUGCACUUUCCUACCAGCACUUAUGCUGUGAGAAUCCAGUUAGUUCUAAGGACUUCAGUGUGUUUUUGAAGACAAGGUCUUCCUUAUGUGGCCCAGACUUGGUUUGAACAUUUGAUUCUUCUGCAUCAGCCUCCACAGUGCUAGGAUUAUGAGUGUGAGACUUGCUUUUACCAUUGCAAACAUCUAAAUGAAUAGAGGGAGGCUGAUGGUAGAGGGUAACGGUGCUUGACACAAGCUCAACAAGCUGAGUUCCAAACCUGUGACCCUAAUCAUGGAAGGAGAGCUGACUCUCCAGAGUUGUCCUCUAGCCUCCACACUUGUGGCAAGCAUGUACCCCCAUACACACUGUAAAUGUAAAAACAAAACAUUUAAAAAUAAAUUAGACAUGGGUCUGCAGCA